AUGAGAAAGUGUAAAAUCUUUGUCGGUAAUUCUCACCCUGAAUUGGGUCAACAUAUUUGUGCCAAAUUAGGUGUUGAACCUGCUCCUUGUACUUUAAAGAAGUUUUCAAAUGGUGAAACUUCAGUUCAAAUUGGUGUCUCUGUUCGUGAUGAAGAUGUCUAUGUCAUUCAAAGUGGUUCAAGCACCGUUAAUGAUCAUAUCAUGGAAUUAUUGAUUUUGGUUUCCGCUUGUAGAGGUGGUUCAGCAAAGAAAAUUACAGCAGUUCUACCUCAAUUCCCAUACUCAAAACAAUCUAAAAUGAAAAAACAUAGAGGUGCCAUCACUGCUAGAAUGUUGGCUAAUCUACUUAUCAUGGCUGGUGCUGAUCAUGUUAUUUCAAUGGAUUUACAUGCUUCUCAAAUGCAAGGUUUUUUCUCAAAACCUGUUGAUAACUUGUAUGGUGCCCCAAGUUUAGCUAAAUGGAUUAGAGAAAAUGUUGAAGAUUAUAAAGAUGCUGUUGUCGUCUCCAAAAACCCAGGUGGUACUAAAAGAGUUACAGCUUUGGCAGAUUCUUUGAAGAUAAAUUUUGCCAUGAUACAUACUGAUCGUCGUCGUAAUGCUGAUAUUUAUUCACAAAAUAGAACUCAAGCUCAAUUGAAACAAAGAAAACAAAGCAUGUCAAGAAGAAGACCAGCAAUGCCAAAAAACGAUGAAGAUGAAGAUGAAGAAGAAAACAUCAUCUUAUCGAAUGGUUUACAAACUGCUCGUGUUGUUCAAGGUCAUGUUGUUGAUGAUGAUUUCGUUCCAGAAUCAUCAGGUCCAGAAUCAGUCAUCUCAAAUGAUGGCAGUAUUCCAAACGAUCAAACUUCAUAUGCCUUAGGUGGUACUUAUGAUGCUGCAGAUUCUGAUGAGGAUGAUGAACCUGCUUCAGUCUCACAAGAAAAAUUGAUCACUUUAGUUGGUUCUGUCCAAGGUCGUUCUGCAAUCAUCUUGGAUGAUUUAAUCGAUAGACCAGGAUCGUUCAUCGCUGCUGCUGAACAUUGUCGUUUGAACUGUGGUGCUAAAAAAGUCUAUGUUGUUGCCACUCAUGGGUUAUUUAUUGAUGAUUGUUUGGAAGAGUUGAAUGAUUCUCCAUACAUUGACAAGAUUGUUGUUACAAAUACUUACCCAUUAUCUGAAGAGAAAAAGAAGACAGAAAAAUUGGUCACUAUUGAUGUUUCUCCAAUUUUUGCCGAAUGUAUUCGUCGUGACCAUUAUGGGGAAAGUAUAUCGGUCUUGUUUGAUUCUUUAGCAAGUCUAUGA